UGAUGAUGAUAGAGGGCUGGCGAAGAACAGUUGAAGGAAAAGGAGGAAAUGGAAGCCGCGCUCUCUUCCACAACCCUACUACCACUGAGACCCCUCCGCCCACAUUCUCUGUCCUCUUCCCCACCUCCACUAUCUCUCUCCACCUCCAGAACGACUAGAAGCAGAAGAUUAUCAAGCGAUUCUUGGCAAAAGGGCUUGGCAUCCCCCGCCGCUUUGCCUAGGAGACUGAGCGUUUCUGCCAGUUCUCAAGCCGCCCCUGCUUCCGCCGAGGCUCCUUCCAUCUCCUCCGUGCCCUCUCAGAUGAAGGCUUGGGUCUACGGAGAAUACGGCGGCGUUGAUGUUCUCAAGUUGGAGUCCGAUGUUUCGGUGCCUCCGGUGAAGGAUGACCAGGUGUUGGUUAAGGUUGCUGCGGCUGCUCUCAACCCUGUUGAUUUCAAGAGGAGGCUCGGUAAAUUCAAGGCCACCGACUCGCCUCUCCCGACGGUUCCGGGCUAUGAUGUUGCCGGUGUGGUGGUCAAGGUUGGCAGCCAGGUAAAGGGCCUAAAGGAAGGAGAUGAAGUAUAUGGGAACAUAAAUGAGAAAGCACUGGAAGGACCUAAACAGUUCGGCUCUUUAGCUCAAUACACUGCAGUCGAGGAGAAGUUACUGGCUCUUAAACCCAAGAAUAUUGAUUUUGCUCAGGCUGCUGGUCUUCCGCUUGCAAUUCAGACCGCCUAUGAAGGGCUUGAAAGGUCUCGGUUUUCAGCAGGGAAAUCUGUCCUUGUUUUGGGGGGUGCUGGUGGAGUGGGAUCCCUCGUAAUCCAGCUGGCAAAACAUGUAUUUGGUGCUUCAAGGGUUGCAGCAACUUCCAGCACCGGAAAGUUGGAAGUGCUGAAGAGCCUGGGUGCCGAUUUGGCUAUUGAUUACACCAAAGAAAAUUUUGAAGACCUGCCUGAGAAAUUUGAUGUGGUCUAUGACACAGUUGGGCAGGGAGAUAGGGCGGUGAAGGUGGUGAAGGAAGGCGGCAGCGUAGUGGUUCUAACCGGAGCUGUCACGCCACCGGGCUUCAGAUUUGUGGUCACUGCAGAUGGAGCUAUCCUGAAAAAACUAAACCCAUUCCUAGAAAGUGGGAAGGUGAAGCCAGUGGUGGAUUCCAAGGGUCCCUUCCCGUUUGCUAAGGUGGUUGAGGCUUUCUCUUACGUGGAAACCAGCCGAGCUACCGGAAAGGUAGUUGUCCAUCCAAUUCCAUGAGAAGUCAUCGCCUAAUCUGGCUCUGUAAACAGCUGUUCAAAGUAUGUUGUUAUUCGAGGCCAUUAGUUAAGUGUUUUGAUCUAUAAUAAAGUCAAGUCAAAUGAGAUUUUAUAAAACUUUUCUCGUA